AUGGAAGAUAUGUUUGCACAGGAGGAGGGGGAUACAAUUAAUGACAUGCAGUUAGGAGUAUCUAACCUGGUCAUUGUACACUCUACUGGUGUUUACUCACAUAGUGUAUCAUGGUGCCAGUGUCCUGGAGCUGAGAAGGCACAGCAUCUCCAUCUCAUGAAAGCAAGGUUAUUUCCUGCCAGUAUCACUUGCCCUCAAUCUGCUUUCACAUUCAAUGUCCUGGAUAACUUCCUCAUAGAUGCUUUGGAGUGCAAGACUUCAGCCAUGAGUUUCUAUCAAAAGCUCCGUCGGCUCACAAACAAUGCAUUCCCUGAUAAAAUACCAGACAAAAAGGACCAAUACCGUGAGCUUAUGAUUUGGUCAAUAGAAAAAGGUUCAGGGGAUUUAGCCCUUUAUUGCCCAGCAUGUCCACAACCUGGAAUCAACUUGCCAACAUCUUGGAGAUAUGACUAUGAAGAUAUGUCACUCAUUAUUGGUCUGUGCAAUCAUCGGGCUGUGAAUGCAACAAAUGUCCAAAGAAGCAACCUUAGAGCUACAGGGGUUGGGGCAACAGCAUGUGCUAGGCAUGGAUGCUUUGUUCCUCAUGCAGUGGUGGACUUCCAAAAGGGAGAGCAGCACACGAACAUGGACUAUUCCAUUUGCAAUGCAGUUAAAUAUACACCCAAACAUAUUGGCAGUAUGCUCAUCAUCUAUGAUGUUGCAUCCCUACAGGGUGUUAGUGACACUCAGGGUCCAUAUGAGGAAUUGACCAGAUCGCUCGACUUGGAUAAUGUUCAGGAGUGGAAAAAGGCAGCUGAAAAAGCAGCUCAGGACUGUGGAGAGCUUCUUGACAUCUAUCAGCUUAAAAUGGACAAAGCACCCUCUAUGGCUGAAAUACGUCUCAGAUUGACUGAAAAUGAACUAUCUGCUAAUGGUAGGACUGGGUCUGUUGCAUGGUUGAUUGAGGGUAUAAAUAUAGAAAAUUCUCAGCAGCUGCCCCAGGAUCUGACUGCUUCUCAGAGGACCACGAUAGAAGAAAGAAGGCAAAAGCUCAUGGCAUGGAUUAUUAAGUUCCAUGAGGCUGCAGAGGUCAUGACUAAUGGUAUAGAAUUGAAGGGAGGUGAAGGAGCACCACUAGACAACCCUGAACUGUGCCUGGAGGAGGCUGACACAUCCAAUAUGGAAGGUCCAGAGGAAGAGGACAUUUUGGACUUUGAUGGUAAUAUUGACUCACCUGCAGAAGUCACCAAGAUUUGGAUGCCAUCAUGGACAGCCUCUGGUCACAUCAUGGAUGAUGUCAUCUUGGCAUUAGGUCAAGAAGAACUCAAGCUUCAAAAGGGUCAAGCAAACAACUGCCUGGAAAAGCUUCAUCAAGCCCUGGGUGAUAGAUCAGUCGUCUUUCAGGAGAAAAUACACUCCAACAAAUCAGUCCAUCACCAGGGCACUAGAUCUAAAAAGGAACUUCGAAUGAUAACUCUCUCCAUCAAUAGACAUGCAAAAGGUUACAGCUGGGCAAGGGCUGCAAUGCUCUGCCUAGGGGCUGACUCUGAUACUGUGGCAGUGUAUCAACCCAUAAAGCCUCAGGACCUAGUGUUUUGGAGGAUCAACAAUGCAAAGGACAGUCAGAAGAACAUAUGGAUGAAUGAGUUGAAUUGGUUGAAAGCCAAAGCAUGGUACAACCAUUGGUCAGAAGAACUGAAAUUGACACAGAAGGAGAGGUGGAGAGUUUGGGCAGAUGAAAGCAUCAAGAAUGGGAACAGGGCAUAUGCUGAGAGGCAGGCAUCUAUGUGGGCAGAAUUUUCAGCUCAGGGCCUCAAGAAUUUUGAAGGAAAAUUACUUAUAACAAGUUGA